UUAAUGCAAACAAACAUUAAAGUUGUCUGCUAAAAUGUGCCGGUUUUUGUAGUUCGUUCAUGUGUUUUUAACUAAAAUUAUUUGUGCGUUUUGUUGACAAAAAAUGUCAGAAGAAACUAAUCCAGAACAAGAAAAUAUAAACGCGGAAACCCUUGGUGAUCCAGCUGGAAUCGAUUUCUUUCCUGAGAGAAGGGGAGAUAAAAUUUCUCGCAGUUGGUUUCGCGUACUUUUUCUUGGUGAAGGACGAGAUAAUUUACAAAAAGUGAAAUGCGAAAGACAAAUCCAUAAUGUUGUUAGUGAGAGUCCUCUUAUAAAACUAAUGAUGGAUGCUCUGAAGAGUGCAGGGUGUGGUAUUGAUUUGAACAGACACAUCUCUUGCGAGCCAUGCAGUAAAGUUGUGACAGGGGGCUAUGAUGCUGAAAUGAAUCAGAUUGUUGUAUGUCAAAAUACCGCUACUUCUAAAGCUGCAGUUCAUGGUGCCUUAGCUCAUGAAAUGGUGCAUAUGUUUGAUUUUUGUAGAGCUCAUGUAGAUUUUACAAAUGUUGAUCAUUUGCUCUGCACUGAGAUUCGAGCAGCUAAUCUGAUGCAUUGUUCUUUUUUGAGUGCUAUGGUCAUGGGUACAGCUUCAUUAAUUCGAAUAAAGAAACAACAUCAGGAAUGUGUGAAGAGAAAAGCUCUUGCCUCCGUAGUAGCGGUUCGAGAUUUGACAGAAGAGGAAGCAAAGGCUGCAAUGAAUCGGGUAUUUACCAAAUGCUACAAUGAUCUAGAGCCCUUAGGCAGGCGAUUGCGGAGGAAUUCCAAUGAUAUUGCCAGGAUUUAUAGAGAACGGUAUCUGUAUGGAUAUGGACACUCAUGAAAAUAAUGUAAAUUAGUUUUGAAAUUUUAGAUUUGUAAGUAACAUAUAUUGAAGAUAAAACAUAUUUUAUGUGAAAA